CAUGAAGUUAAAUGGUGAGAAUCAAGAUGGCUGCCUGGCGUCAAGAAUAUUCAUCUUCUUCAUACGUGUGUUUGUCCACAAAUCCCCUUCGUUUUGAGCCAGUGAGCAAAGAAAACAGUGUAUUUUUUGACGAAGCUAACAAGCAGGUGUUCUCCGUGAAACAAGUCGAAGGAUACACGAGAGUAAUUGUGACAGGAUCUAAUAAUGAAAGAAUUUCAAAGUUUGAAAUGCCAGACAAGGGUCACAUCGUUUCAAUCAAGUUUUCUUUGGAUCAAAGCAUUUUGGCAGUCCAGAGAAAUGCCAAGGCAGUUGACUUCUUGAAUUUCUCACAAGGCUCUGAUAGUAAAGAAUAUCAACAAAUAUGCAAGAACAAGACAGCUCAAAUUAUUGGUUUCAACUGGACAGGAGCUAAUGAAAUAGUCUUUAAUACAAAUCAAGGCUUGGAGCUUUAUCAGGUAUUUCCAGACAAGAAAGUUUUGAAGCUCAUAAAGAACUACAAUGUUCAAGUGAACUGGUUUGUUUAUUUGGCUGAUAUUUCCUUGCUUCUUUUUUCGUCAACGUCUCAGGGUAACGUUAUUCAUCCAUAUUCAAUCAGGAGUGGUGCAGUGAUAAGGCUUCCAAAGUUUGAAGUGGAAUUACCACCUCUUAUCCCUUAUAAACCUAAACAGUUCAUGUUAUUGGAGAGGGACGUUACUAUUUCUGUGUUAUAUGGUGAAGUGUAUGUUGUUGUUAUGAAAACGCAAUCGAGAGAGACCAAAGUUCGUGGUGAGCGUACUAGUGGUGCCGAGGUUGUUCUUUAUCGUUUACUCAGUGAUCGUCCCGCGCGCAAAUCUUUUGUUCUACAACUGAAUACAAGUGGAAGAUUUGCCUUAAACAUUGUGGAUAAUCUUGUCAUUGUUCAUCACCAAGCAUCUAAGACUUCCAUGUUGUUUGACAUUAAAAUGAAGGGAACGUCAGACGGACAAGUUACAUAUUUAGAACCAGUUUUGUCGCCCCUUUCCAUCGACUCGUUCAGUUUGUACGAAGAAAAAACAGAGAAUCCUGACGAUAGUAAAGUUAUCAAAUGCGAAAUGUACUCGGCAAAUUGGAUAGUUUUCCAACCAAAUAUAGUCAUUGAUGCCAAACUUGGCUGUUUAUGGGGAGUUUAUGUAAGACUGGAACCGCUGUUGAAUAUGAUAGCAGACAAGGCCUUCCUUAUUCAGUUUUUACUACUAAGGAGAAAUGCCAAAGGAAACAUUAUUGACGUCCUCAAACAAGCUUUGAUGCCUCGUUCCCAAUGUUCUUUGGCGAUGAUCUCUAAAGUGUUUGAUAAACUGAAUGAUGCAUACUAUAAGGCAUUUGUCGAAAGUGAGACAUUUUCCCCACAGGGUGAACAAUCCAGACGAAGUUCCAGCUCAAACAAAUCAAGAAAUCAUCGUUUUGUCGAUCAAAAAGACAUGUAUAAGGACGUAUUUUCGCCUGUUUUGGCCCACGAGAAGACGAAUGCCAAGUUCAUGAUAGCGGUGCUCAUCGAAUAUAUCCGAUCAAUUAACGAACAUCAAAUGAAAGUCGACUAUAACAUUCAUGAAUUGUUAAUCAACACUCUUGUUCACACUAAGAAAUAUUAUCAACUGCAUCAGUUAUUACAGUACCACGUGAUCACAGACUCCAAACUAUUGGCGUGUGUGAUGUUGUCUUUGGAAACGGAUUAUCCACCUGCUUAUCAACUGGCACUUGACAUGCUUAAGAGAUUGAACAAAGCUAACGAAGAAAUUGUGGAAAUACUGUUGUCCAAAGGGCAGUUGCUGGCGGCACUUAGAUUUCUUCGAAGUGUAUCAAGCGAGGAUUCGGCCUCACCUCAAAAAUUUCUCGAAGCUGCCGUGAAUUGUGGGGAUAACACCAUGUUUUACACUGUGUUCAAAUUUUUCGAGCAACGAAACCAGAGACUUCGAGGAAACCCUAUGUUUGUUCCAGGUGAACAUUGUGAAAAAUUUGUUGAACUGUUCAAAACGAAAUUUGGAGACACAGGACAAAGGACACCAUUGAAAACGUGAUUGGUUGAAUUCAAAUUUUGUUUUUAAAGAUAAAGUUGUGUAAAUAAAGUCAAUUGAAUUGUCCGUAUGGUAAUAUCUUCGCAAAAUAAUUUAUCCCAUCACACGAUACUGUUAAAUGAAAAUAUUAACCUCUGUC